AUGUUACCAUGCAAGACCAAUCGCUCGAGUCUUGCGAACGACACCCCGAUGAUGCGUCAACGGAGUCACGAAGUAAUACCCGAGGAUGCCAACGACAAGAAUCCCGACGAGGAUCUCAUUGCCACGUUGAAUCUAUUCCCACAAAAUGAGCGCUUGAUUGCUCAAACGUUGGCAAACAGGAAGCUCGGCGAGCCGUCAGAAGACUGGACUCCACAGAGACACGAGAAAUACAAACAGCUGUUAUCCAAGGAGCCCUUUCGCGAAUCGGCCGAUGCAACACCGAUUAAGGCAGACCAGACUGCGGGUAACUUCCGUCGUUCGAAAAGAACGAAGUGCGGGGAACAUCUGAGCAUUCCGGAAAGUGGCUGCGACAGAUCAGCAGGACCCAUCAAUAUCGGUCUUUGACGGAGAAGACAAAGCAAUUAUCGGCUUCAGGAAUAACUUCAACUUCCAGUGUGUUAUCUCAUGCUUGCAGAGGAAGAAGCUUGAUAACGGUCGACGAGGCCUCAAGAAACGCAACAAUAAUCAGCAGAAGGUUUUAGGUGAUGAGAAGACAACUGAGGACGACGAAGGAGAUACAGACAAAGGAGAUGACGAAGAUGUCCUCCAACGCGACAGUCAAGUGCCCAAUGGACACCCUCAACAAGACGACAUCGAAAAUGGGUCCGGAGAUAUCCAAGUUUGGGGUAAUGGGGAUGAUGGUCCUCAGGAGGGCGGCAAUAGGGAGGGCGGUGAUGCAAUGGACAACGAAGAUACAUUGGAUGACGAAGAUACAAUGGAUGACGAAGACCGUGACGUCGCUCCCAUCCCACCUCAGCUGGUCGUGGAUACUCCAAUCAAUCUCACUGGCCCCGAAGAGCUGCUAUUCGAUCAGGUCAAAGGGAAGGGACGAACUCUUUUUGCCCAACGGCAGCUCCAGCGUAUACUGGAAAGCAUACGAGAUGACUUUCCAGGAAGUUUCAACCUGGUCGGAUCAUUAGCUGUUCACAGCAUGGCCCAAGAUAUCUCUCGCAAGUAUUACGAUGAGCUCAAAGAGCUGACCCUCAACAUGUUCGAAUACUUCAGGAACGUUGCGGCAUUCAACAGGAGUCACGACUGA